CAGCAGUGGAGGCUGCUGAGGGGAGGAUGGUUUAUAAUAACGGAUGGAAUGGAGUCAGUGGAAUGGUAUCAACCUCAUGGAAACCAUGUAUUUGAUACCAUUCCAUUGACGUCAUUCCAGCCAUUAUUAUUGCAAGGACCGACGCCGGGGAUGAGAAGCAGGUACGGGGAGUUACACAUUUAAUGAGGAACAGACAGGUAACAGGACAGGACCAGCGUCAGCACACGGGUAAACAAGGACAUAUGACAAUCAAUGCAGAAGCAAGGAACAGAGCGGUGAACCAGACAGAUAUAGGGAAGGUAAUGACAGAGGUGAUUGAGUCCAAGUGCGUCCAAUAAUCGCUGAUGCGUGUGACGGGGAAGGCAGGUGUGCGCAAUGCUGGGGAGCCUGGUGCCUUCGAGCUCCAGGGGGGAAGAUUGGGAGCAGGCGUGACAAUUAUGAGUCGUCCUCCCCUCGGCAGCCUCCACUGGCAUACAGCACUACCAGUACAGCUCAGUUCUCGGGCAUACAGUGUGAUACCGCCCCCGCGCGACGAAGCAGAGAAGGGUCUGCUGCACAGUAUGUUGCGGGUGGACCACGCAGGGGAAUACGGUGCCAACCGCAUCUACGCCGGCCAGAUGGCAGUGUUGGGAAGGUCACAGACAGGACCGCUUAUUCAGGAAAUGUGGGAUCAAGAGAAGAAGCAUCUUGCCAAAUUCAAUGAGAUCCUUGCAGAGAACAGAGUUCGCCCAACGUUGCUGUUGCCCCUCUGGAACGUUGCAGGUUUUUUACUAGGAGCGGGUACCGCUCUACUGGGUAAAGAAGGGGCCAUGGCCUGUACUGUGGCUGUGGAGGAGAGCAUCUCAGAGCACUACAACAGCCAGAUCAGAGCCCUCAUGGAGGAGGACCCAGACAGAUACGUAGAGCUGUUAAAAUUAAUAAAGGAAUUCCGAGAUGAUGAGAUGGAACAUCAUGAUACAGGACUGGAGCACGAUGCUGAAUCUCUACCCGGAUACAAGCUUUUGAAGAGUGCAAUACAACUUGGCUGCACAGCCGCAAUAUUUGUGUCUCAGCGCCUUUAAAGUAAUAAUUAAUUAAGUUUCUCAAAGAUGGUUUUCUAAAAAAUAUAAUGAUUUAAGUGAUGUAAAUGGAUAUGUAAAUUGUAUUAGUAAAGUGAACCUGGCUACUUUAUACAAUGUAAUAGUCAGUGCACUUUUCCAAAAAAGGACUCCCAUAAAAAAUAGAUGUGUUUUUUGUCCAAUUGUAACCUAGAUGUUGUCAUUUACUUCAAGGCUAGCACUAGCAGCCAAACCAUAUAGGUACCAGCUCAAUGCUGAAACCUCUGAGUUGGCAUCCUAGAAUAAGCAAGUUGUCAAAGAGAUAUUGGUGGGAAAGUUGGUGUAAUUCUACCCUCUGUCUGGUCUAGGUGAUGGGGAUAGUGUGUUAUCCUGCUAUACUAAGGUAUUGUGGUCAUCACUGACAGAGCUGGAACCUACCUUCCUUAUCUAGUUCAUUUUGUAACAUCAUUGAUACUAAGUAAUGUACUACACACUGUAAUUACCUAUCUGUUAUGUUUAAUUAUUUGAAUGAUUAAUCACCUUUCCACUGCAACCCCCACCCCCCCAUGCCUUUGUUAUUCCCCGAAAGAUACAUAUCUAACAUAGCUCUAACGAGGACAUAUCGAUAUUGGCAUUGUCACGCCAUCACCGUACCUUUCAACAAACUAUCCUCUUUCACACAUUAUGUGUCAUAAAUCACAAUGAACAAUGGCUUGUCAGUCCAGGUAAAUGGUUAAGCCUCUUACACAGCUGUUCCAGUACAGUAGAUCAGAGUGGAAGAAGGAUUGACAACUGACGGGUGCUGGCAGUGGGGUCUAGCUAAUCUAUGCUGUUCAGCGCUGCAGAGAAAAGUGUUCCGGUGGUUCAGUUUACUCCCCAGAGACCCCUGUAUUGACUAUAGGGAUUGAAGUGUCCUUAUAGUAUGUUUCCCUACUGACCUAGUGCCUGAGAUCUGCCCUAGCCACUUCAGAUGCAGUGUAUAGUACACAUCAGUUAGCACAGAGAGACGUAUUGACCUUCAUUCCACUUGCAAUGUCUACGACAGAAUGUAAAGUAGCAAAGAGAGAAUACAAGUAGCUGUGUUGUUGGUGCAACAAAGAGGGUCAAAAGGAACAGUGUGAUAUCAUUUUUAUGAUGUAUAUUAUUCUUCCGACAGUACCUAUCCUGCUCUGUGCCUUGUAUGCGAGGGUGCCUCUGGCAUCCAAGCCAUAGCCCACUUGUGUGUUUUCUGCCCCUGCCGGCCCAUGAACUGCCCGCUGAACUGUUUUCUGCCCCAAUGUCGAGAGACGGGCUUUUGUCUUGACAUGAGACUACUGUAGAUGUCUGAAAAAAAUCGGACAAACUUUAAUUUGGAAGUGUAACAUCCUUUUAAACUUCACUAGGCAUUGUGUGUA